CAGCCGCUGCCUCUCCGGCACAAGAGGGAUUUGGAGGCUGCAUCCUGACAUUUGUAAUCAGAUGUGGGGGAGGAUUAUCUCCUCCAUCUAGUGCAAAGACAGCGGCUGCUGAGGUGACGCAGAAGACAACCUGAAGGACGGACAGUGAGUGGGACAUGGAGCUGAAGACGGGAUGAGGUCACCUGCAGAUGUGAGGAGGAUUUCUGGCUGCACCUUCCACACGGCUCACGGGAAAAAGGUCCUCCAUGGAUGGACAUCCUGUGGCAGAACUCUACCCACUGGGGGUAACUGUGACCCUGGAAGCUACCCUCUCUCCUACAGCCAGGUUUUCCACCUGCAACAGCCCAGUAGAAGUGUUAAGAACCUCAAAACUCCAAGAUGUUUUCAGGAACUCAUGUCAGGACUCAAACAGGAUCACAGGUGAGAAAGGAUCCUGUUCUGAUAUCGAAGUUGACUACGGCAGUCCGAGGAUCACUGGAGAAACAUGUGAACAUAUAGAUGGACAAAUAAACCUUCCAGGGCAGCCGACAGAACCGUUUUUGCUCCCUGGGACUUCAGUCCACACCCACAAUCAUGUUGACACAAAUACGUCCUCACAACACCACAAGAAAGUAGUGGAUCCAAACACCGACUGCCCUCAGGAGCAGAUGGGGAAACCGUCUGUCACCUUCUUGGCGGUUCACAGGAGUCACUCUGAUUCUUUGUCUCUGGUUCAGCCCCAGGACACAGACAGUCAGAACUGUGCAGCUGCCUGUUAUGGAGACAGUAAGACAGUAAGUGAAACAGGAAAUCACUCCCUGUUGACCUGUGAUCCAUCCAAGCAUCUGCAGCAAUGCAGCGUUGGAGAAGGCAGGGUUCCAGAGCCAUGCUGGGGGAGGUACGUCCACAUCGCUUCACCCACAGCCACAACCAAAGAGGAUGAAAACUGCCAUCGGUCUCCUAAAUGUGAGUUGGAACUCGGCUAUGGUUCUUAUAUUCAUCAAACCCAUUGUGAGGACACAUUUGCUGCCUACUGUCAUCCCCAACCAGUCCUAUCCCCUUCCCAGUUGUUACCGCCCCCUGGAGGAACAGAUGCAGUCUGCAGCCUGCAGCGUUCUGUUGGUCCUCCGUUAGCGGGCAGCCAUCUCACACUGCCUCGCCUGAUCUCAUCUGUCAGUGAGACCGGCCUGGACGCCAAGCAUCUGCUCCACUGCUGCAACCUCAACUGCUCCUGGAUCAGCUGUUUCCCUCCUGCUGUUGGGCCUCAAUGCCAAAAACACCUUGUGGGUGAGGUACCUGCUUUCGGUCCCAUCACUCACACAAGACCCACGACCCAGGACACUGGGACUAUGACAGGUCACAAAGAGUUUAGGGAUGUUGGGGUGCAGGCAAGUGAGACGGACACGGAGGCCGGCACGCUUCGCGUGCCAUCACAUGUGAUCCCACAUAUCCUUCUAACGGAGGACAGCGGGAGUGACACUACCGCCAGGCAGACUGCAAACACGUGCGCUCACGGGAGCAAGAAACCAGGUGGUCCCCCCAAGUCCCCAGUCAAAGAAGUGAAGUGGGAUUCAGAGGGGAUGACAUGGGAGGUGUACGGAGCCUCUGUGGAUCCCGAAGAACUGGGUCUGGCCAUUCAGAGGCACCUGGAGCUGCAGAUUAAGGAGACAGCAAGUCGUGCCAUGAAACUGUCCUCCCAGAACGCCAACACCGCCGGACAGAGCGGCCAAAGGAUGAGGAACAGGAUUAUGGAUUCCCUCCGGACCCCUGCAUGUUGCUCUCGAACACCCGCUGUCGACUGAUGUGUAGAGGUACUGUGCUCAUGACCCAACGG